AUGGCCAACAGAGUUAUCGAAUUACAAAGAAUAUUUCAACAAUCCACCAAACCAUUAUGGAUGAGACAUCCAAGAUCAAAGUUUAUCAUCUAUCCAUUCUUUGGUCUUUUUACCGUUGCUUUAGUCGCUCCAUUGUGCUACCUUCCAAACGCCAUCAUGGGUAUUAAAGCAAAGAAAUAG